AUGUGGGCCUCCAGAAGCCGCACCAAGCUGGAAUUCAGUUUUGAGUCGCUUAGAGUACCUUUAAUCAGUCGGUCCAAUUGUGCAGCUUUGCAAGCGCGUAAAAUUGUUCCUGCCAUCUUUCGAUGCAUUAUGACAUUUUUGAAAAGACGACGUGGCAUCACAACCGAAAGGAUCCACGUAUACCACUUAGAGAAUAUUCUUCCUCCUCAGGCUUUGCGCGAUGAGCAAAUGAAUUCAGACAGCUGA